GAGGGAGAGGCAGCCCGCUGGGUGAAGAAGGAAGCAAGCUGUUCUGAUUGGCUUUGGGAAGGCGGACAGUGUCUACAUAAAUGGCAAUCACAUCCUCUGUGCCUUUUAACUGUCACCGAGGAGAGAGAGCAGGGACAGAGAUCACACAGCCCUGGGCCACCCCUCUCUCUUUGACAAAGCCCGGUCACCAUGAAUGCAAGUGAGUUCCGAAGGAGAGGGAAGGAGAUGGUUGACUAUGUGGCUGACUACAUGGAGGGCAUUGAGGAGCGCCAGGUGUACCCUGAUGUGGAGCCUGGCUACUUGCGGCCCCUGAUUCCUGCCUCUGCCCCCCAGGAGCCUGACACAUUUGAGGAUAUCAUUAAGGAUGUGGAGAAGAUAAUCAUGCCCGGGGUGACCCACUGGCACAGCCCCUACUUCUUUGCUUACUUUCCCACGGCCAGUUCCUACCCGGCCAUGCUUGCAGACAUGCUGUGCGGGGCUAUUGGCUGCAUUGGCUUCUCCUGGGCUGCAAGUCCAGCCUGCACAGAGCUGGAGACUGUGAUGAUGGACUGGCUGGGAAAGAUGCUGCAGCUGCCGGAGGAAUUUUUAGCUGGGAAAGCUGGAGAAGGAGGUGGAGUGAUUCAGGGAAGUGCCAGUGAAGCCACUUUGGUGGCCCUGCUGGCUGCUCGGACCAAAGUGAUACGCCGCCUGCAGGCCGCCUCGCCAGAGCUGACAGCAGGGGCCAUCAUGGAGAAGCUGGUGGCCUAUUCAUCAGAUCAGGCACAUUCCUCAGUGGAAAGAGCUGGAUUAAUUGGUGGAGUGAAGUUAAAGACUGUCCCUUCAGAUGACAAGUUUGCUAUGCGCUCCUCUGCGCUGAGGGAGGCUGUCGAGAGAGACAAGGCUGCUGGCCUGAUUCCUUUCUUUGUGGUAGCUACACUGGGUACAACUUCCUGCUGCUCAUUUGACAAUCUCCUAGAAGUGGGCCCUCUCUGUAACCAGGAGAAUCUAUGGCUGCACAUUGAUGCUGCUUAUGCAGGCAGCUCCUUCAUCUGUCCUGAGUUCCGGCAUCUUCUGAAUGGAGUAGAGUUUGCAGAUUCAUUUAAUUUUAAUCCCCACAAGUGGCUGUUGGUGAAUUUUGACUGUUCUGCUAUGUGGGUGAAAAAGAGAACAGAUUUAACUGGAGCCUUUAAACUGGACCCCCUCUACUUGAAGCACAGCCACCAAGAUUCAGGGCUGAUCACUGACUACAGGCACUGGCAGUUACCGCUGGGUCGAAGAUUCCGCUCUUUGAAAAUGUGGUUUGUGUUUAGGAUGUAUGGAGUCAAGGGACUGCAAGCCUAUAUCCGCAAGCAUGUCCAGCUGUCUCACGAGUUUGAGUCUCUGGUGCAGCAGGAUCCUCGUUUUGAAAUUUGUGCGGAAGUCACUCUGGGGUUGGUCUGCUUUCGGCUCAGGGGAUCCAACAAACUGAAUGAAGCUCUUCUGCAGAGAAUUAACAACGCCAAAAAGAUCCACCUGGUCCCCUCUAACCUCAGAGACAAGUUUGUUCUGCGGUUUGCCAUUUGUUCCCGUACUGUGGAGUCUGCCCAUGUACACCUUGCCUGGGAGCACAUAAGAGCACUAGCCACUGAAGUUCUGGGGGCAGAGAUGGAGGGAAAAUGAGCCAGGGGCAGCAGAGACCAAAAGUUUAAAAGAUACAUAUUGGAAAACGGAAUGACAUGAAAACGAAUCUCACCCUGAUUCCAUGUGACCAACCCUACAUGUGUCUGUUUCUUUCUCUAAAACCAUCCAAAAGUGAUUGCAUCUGUUCAGUUCCUCAUCAAUAAAGGAAUAUUGCCUCCUGUAUGAAAAGUUAAUACCAGUAUUUAAUAGUUUUUUAUAUUAUUUUGUUGUGAAUUUCUGCUGAUUAAAAGUUGUAUUUUGUGCUUGUUAGUGGUAUGAAAGUCUUAGAGAAAUAUUUCCUAGUUCAGUCUAUAAUUACACUUGAAAUUAUACCUGUGACCUUAAUAGUUGCUUUACUGACUUCUCAGUAUAUAUCAGGCAUUAUUUAGGAAGCAUUAAUCAUAAGCAAUUGUUACUUGGAGAUGACUCUAACUUAAAGGAAUAAAUUCAGAAUGAAGACACAACCAGAGUCUGGGUCUACUGGUUUGAUGGGAAUGACAGUAACCUGCAGAGCCUUGAAUUCCUUAUAAGUCUAUCUGGCUUGUAGUGCCAUGAAUUAGUUAGAAAGCUCUCAAUGUAAACAAUAAUACUAAUGGCAUGGGGACAAAGAAUAGUCCAUUGGGAACCACUGGGGGUACCAUGUAGGGAGCUGUAGAACAAUGAACACUUAAAUAACUGUGGAAGUUGAGAUUGCCUAAAUAGACAUUGAAAGUGUAUCUAACAUGAGACUGACACCCAAGGAAAGUAGAUACAAGGGCCAGGAAGAUUUCUCCAUAGUUGAAAACCUGCCUCAUGAGGGUGGAGAAGGCAGCUGGAAUAGAGAAGGGAUCACUAAGAAAAUGAUGGUUGGAAGAAUUGGUCAGGAUGAGAGAGGUGUGCUGAAAGUAGAUAAAGGACCAAACAUAACCUCUCAGUAUCUGUAUUAUAAACCAUAUGCCCAAAAGUAGAGAGAAAGUAUGGGGAAUAUUGUUUUCC